AUCGAUUUCCUAGUCGCAUGGCCCGGCAUGGGUCUGUUUUUGUUUUUAAUUAUUAUUAAUAAUAUUAAAAGAAUUGCAAUUAGUUUUUUAAACUUGACCAAACACGAAAAUAACCAUUACCAUCUGUUUCUGGCAAUACAAACCAUAGAUUGCAAUUCGUUUUCAGAAAAUAGCCGAAAAGUAAAAAUCCUUAGAACUCAGGAGGCGCCGAUUAAAGGUUUGGAAGUAAAGUUAAUAAGUUAAAGAAAUCAAGUCCAAUUCAGGCAGUGCAGUUUUACGACCAGCUGAAUACAGAGCUAAGUUACAAAAUUGAUUUUACGGAACCGAGCACUAAAUAAUAAUGAAAAUGACUAAAACUGGAAAACAUAAUCAAAUGAAACACAAAAAUAACAAAACUAAACCGAAGAAGGAAUUGACAGUGCCAAUGAAAAAUAAUAAAGAGUCGUCAGAGGGUUCCUCAUGCGUUUUACAAAAGGGAUCCAAACGCAAGGUGGAACCUGUUAACGCUACUCGGAGUGAUAAAAGAGUUAAACUUAAUCCUAAACAAGUUGCCAAUGGAUCUGACAAGAGAUCAAAGAAACCAAAUCGAGUUGAACUUGAAGUUCAGGAUGAGGAUAGAAAUUUAUUUGAAGAUUUCGACGAACUGUCGAAUGAUUCUGAUAGUGAGAGUGAUUGGGUUAGUGACGAUUCUGUCUCGCAAUUAUCACUGGACAGUGACGAGGAAUUCUUCAGGAAACCGCAAGCAAUAGAAUGCGAAGCGUCUGAAAAUAUUCCACUUCAGUCAGAUUUGGAUACAGGCAGUGAGACAGAAAAUGAAGAGCUGCCUUGGCUUAUGGGCAUGGAUGCGAUUGAAGCUGCAGUCACUAAGGUGAAGGUAUUCGAAGGAAUGUUUCCCGAAAUGGAACCGAAAAGAAUUGAUGAACGGAAAAAGGAAGUAGUCGAGUUCCAAGAGGGUCAGGGAGCAGCGCCAAUAAUUGAGGAGCCACUGCCGGAGUCGGAAGAUGCUCAUUCAUCAUUUGAAGAGAUAUUGCCAGAGUUGAGCAUCUUCGAGAAUAGCCUGAAAAGCAACACAGUGCUGGCUGUGCUCAAGCAGGAUAUGGAAUUGUAUGGCACCGUAGUAGUCACAGUGCUGUGCGGCAGGAUCACAAUUAAUGGCUACAAGGCACGCAAGCUGGAGCCACUGACCAUUUAUUCACCCAAGGGCUUCAAUUGGGUUGUCAUUUCACCAAAGGCAAACAAGAAGCCGCCCAAAGUCGACUUCGUCUGGGAGCAUCUGGAUCAGAUCUUUUCUCGUGCUCAGGUGGAGAACAUUUUGAGCAACUAUGAUAAGCAACGGGAUGCAAUUAUUCUGCUAAAAAGAAACAGCAGAGCACAGAACGUGCUCAGCACAUUUUCCAAGCACAUGUCCGAGAAUGUGUUCCCGCUGGUGAAUGCCACCAAUCGACCCAACUAUUCCAGCGAGUAUCUGCUGAAUUGCCUCAUCCAGAGUGCCGACAAGUCCAAUGGCUUACAGGUGCCCACAGUGUGGACAAAAUUGCCCCUGAAACAGGACAGCCGGCUUAUGGUAACCGGCGGCAAGGGUGUGGGCAAAUCCACACUACUCAGAUACAUGCUGAAUCGUCAUCUCGAGCAGUUCCCCCGGGUGCUGCUGAUUGAUUUGGACAUUGGUCAGCCGGAGCUCUUUGUGCCACAAACGGUGUCAUGCACUGUCGUCGAUGCUCCAUUGCUGGGACCCGGACUCUUCCUCAACAAGCAGCCGGAUAUCGCUUUUGUGGUGGGACACGUCAAUGUCGUCAUGUGUGCGGAACAAUACGUACGAGCGGUGAAAAAACUGCUGGCUUAUUGCUGGGAGAGUCCGAGCCUCAAGGGCAUUCCUUGGCUAAUCAACACGAUGGGAUACAAUAAGGGAUUUGGCACGGAGUUGAUGGCGCUGAUAGUUGACUGUGUUGAGCCAACGGAUCUGGUGCAAAUAUACAGUACCAAGGCCAUCAACAACUUUGAUGAGCCCCUGGACAGGCAGUCCCUAUCCAAGGUGGUUCCGGUGAUCUACGUGGCCGAUGAGUUCAAAUUGAGGGGCACGUUACCAAAAUAUACCCUGCAUCAUCUUAUGUGUGCAGUGCCCCCCCAAUCCGACCGUAAUUUUAAACCUUGGACGAUGAGUGCCAAGGAUAGUCGCUACUCCAAUCUUUUGGCGCGUCUUAGUGCUACUCUUCAUGGCAACGCUAGAAACCUUACGGACUGUCGGCCCGUACAGGUCGACCUAGAUGCGCUGCAAGUUCUUCAUCUGACGUCGAAUGAGUAUUCACGCGAGGAGCUCAUUGCCGGCAUGGAGGCUAACAUGGUCUACCUAUGCAAACGCUCGUCAGCCGAUCAACCAGUGGAGUGUGUUGGCAUUGGUGUUGUGCGUGCCGUGGACCAUAAGACGGACAAGGUUUACCUGGUGCCGGCAAUGCCAUUCGAUCGUCUCACUAAAGUCAACUGUCUGGUUAUUGGCGGGGGUAUGUGUCUUCCCCAGGGAUUCUUUAAGGAUCAGGGUGCCUGCGUGGCCAACAAAGUGCCUUUUGUUUUUGUUAUCGAUGACUCCAAGUCGUCGAAAAGCGUACAGCAGAUCUACCACCGAGCUCCUGGUUUCCUAGGCAGUCCAGCAAACAAAAAUGUUUAACAAAGAUGUUAAUCUUCCGAGUCACAAAUUGUACAAAUAUAGUUAACUCUAUAAUGAA